GUUAUCAAAACAUAACCAAGAAAAAAAAACUAUAAAUAUAGCCUAGCAAACAAAAAUUAAAUUAUUUUAAUAACAUUAAUUAUUUUAAAAAAAAAUGUUUAUGCAACGUGUCGUACAUGCCCUAAAGCCUCAGAAACUCUUGUCACAGUUCCAAAAAUCCUGUUCCAGUCAUGUGUGUAGAGUCAACAAUAUUAACCAUAAAACACCUUACUACAGCACUGAGCUGAAGAAAUCCUUUCAUGACACUGAAAACACGUUUAUUUUUAAUGUUCUUGGCCCCAGUUCAUAUGCUGAUAAAAAGGAAUAUACUGAAACGACUGUUAAUAAUGAAGUUACAUUCACAAACUACCUUAAUAAAGAUUGGCGCAACACCAAUCCAACAGACAUUUUAAAUGCCUUCAAAACAGUGAAAAAUUACUGCAUUCAACAGAAUAUAAAUUUAACAGAUACUCGAUUUGAUCAUUUAGUGGAUGGUCUUAUGGACCAUUGUGAAAAAUUUACUGACAUGCAGCUUUUGGAACUGUUAAAAUGUAUUGCUGAAUAUCCCUUUUGUACAGCUUUCAAUUCUCACAAUUUCCACGACCUAUGGAGCUGCCUAGAUGAUAUUUGUUGCUGGAAAAUCAACAGCUGGGAUUUAGAUACACUUUUUGCCUUUGCUGAUGUAUGGUAUCAAUUAAAACUGGCAAAAAUAUGUGAUUAUAUAUUUGAAAUGUUAGACAAGCUUACCAAAAAAGCGGAUCGUAUGACCAAAGAUCAAUUAGUCAGGAUAUUUUUUUAUUUUAAUGUCUGCAGAAACAGGCCAGUGGAUUUUGAAUAUGAGUAUGCUUUGAAAUACAAAGUUGGGGAGAUGAAUGUUGACGAGUUGGCUGUAGUGGCUUUAGGGUACUUUAAAUCAAAUACUAAAAUUAAAACAUUGAAUAUUAUGGAAGAGAUGGUGGAUUCUGUAAGUAGGAAUGCUUUGGGGAUACAUGACAUUAGUCUGAGUGCCAUUAUGAAAGCCCUAAGACUCUCCCAGCCUGCACAACUUCUUCUAAAAAUUGAUAUAAUGCUAGAUAAAUUGUACCCUGAAAUUGAUAGAUUUUCAGAGUUAGCAUGUCUUCAUGUGGCCCUUCUGGCUACUUCCCUACAAACAUGUCAUAAAGGGAUAUUAAAGAAAUGCUCUCAGAAGUUGGUGGAAGACAUGUCAAAUGCACGCCUAAAAGAUAUCGAAAGAAUUCUAAAUGUUUUGACAAUGUUUACAUAUGAUCCACAAACUAAACCAGAUAUAUUUCAAAAAGCAUUUGAAGAACUACAUAAGGAUAGCAGAAUAGGGGAAUUUAAUCAACACCCAAGAUGUCUUCCCGCUGCCCUCAAUUAUUUGAGUUUAAGGGGCCUUUAUUCUUAUGAAUUGAUGAAUAGAGUACUUGAUUAUGAUUUUAUCAUUAAUAAUUUUGGAAAGUUCCCUAAGCUCCUGCCGCGCCAGCUCUUUUGCCUCGACUGUGCCAUCGAUGUUGAAUGUCCAGAUUAUAAAGGUAACAGAUUAAGACCCGAAAUACGAUAUAAGGCUGCCAAAUGGCAAACAGAAUGGCCCCCAAGCCACGACCAAUGGAAAAAAAUCAGUCCUAAGGACCAAUUUUUCUUAGACGCCCUUGAUUCUGUCAAAAAAGUGGUUGGGCAUGAUACCACAGAUUUUGUCAGUGUGAGGCAUGUGGUGCCACACUUUCCUAUGGCAGAUAUAAUUGUGUGUAAAGACCUAAACACUAAUAAAUUCACAAAACUUUUGGGUUUUGAGAGAUACAUUCAUGGUGAUGUAAUGUUUCCUCAUCAAGAUGGCACCCUAAAAUGGUAUGCUAUCCUUAUAUUGACUCGAAAUAAUACUACUAGGGGGUUAAAGAAUGAAUUACCGGAACCACUGGGAACUCUUGCCAUGAAAAUUAGGCAUUUGGAAAAGAUUGGAUAUAAUCCAGUGCAGGUCGUUUGGCGAAAUUUUCUGGAUUUAAAUUUUGAAGAUAAAGUAGAAUAUAUAAGGAAUAAGUUGAGAUGAUGUUAGGGAUUAAAUAAUAAAUGUUUUAAGAAAUUGGCGUAAAUUUAAUAAAAAAUUAGUGGAUAAGCAUUGAGUACAAUAAGACUACCGAGAUUACUUUGUUUAAAAAGAGAACAAUAAUGUUUAAAUGCUUCUAUAAUUUUAUUCAUCAAGGUUUUUAGUCACUAGCAGAUAUGUAUGAGACUACCUUAGGUACUACUAAAAACAUUUUAUUUUUUUUACGUCAAAAUAAGGCGAUUCCUGAGGAUGGAUUAAAGGACAAAAACAGGUUUGAGAGUGUGUAUUACUUAGGGUCGUUUACGUUGGCUAGCCUUGACAGGAAAGAACAAACGAAUGCAUAUUUUAACAAUUGAAAUUCAUAAAGCAGAGGCGGAAAAUAUAAGUAA